AACAAUUAUGGUUUAAUUAUCCUGUGCAACUGCAGCAUUGCAAAUCAUGGCUACUGAAAAAGAGGGUCAUCAGAUGUUUGUUUUCCAAACCCUUAAAAGAAGAGAAAGCAUCUCAAAUGAACAGUUGGUCUUUAGGAAUAAAGUAGAAUUGGGUCAGGACAAUAUUUCUGCAAUAUUCCGGAAGGAGAAUACACAGAAUAAAGUGUUCAGUGAUGAAGAAAAAGCAAGUAGAAUGGAAUUACAAUAUUGUAUUGGAGAAAUUGACUUCUUGGCUACUGGAAAGAAACAGGGAAAGUUUCUUAAGGUUCCAUGUGCCAUCCAUCCUGGAGUUAUAUUUGACCUCAUGAGUAACAAGUGGAACCUUCCUGCUCCCAAUCUGGUUGUCUCUUUUGUUGGAGAAGAAGAACACUUUCAGGUGAAACCUUGGUUACGUGAUAAAUUGAGGAAAGGAUUGGUUAAGGCUGCCCAAAGCACAGGUGCCUGGAUUUUUACAAGUGGUCUGCAUGUUGGAAUAACAAAACACAUUGGGCAAGCAGUCCAAGAUCAUAUGUUGACAAGUUCUUCGUCUACAGUGAAAGUAGUUGCAAUAGGAAUAACUUCCCUGGAGAAAAUACAGCACAGAGAUCUUCUGGAAAAUGUCAAGAAUGACAUUCUUAUAAACAACAAAACUGAUAAUAACGUCCAAGGGCAUUUGUAUUCCCUUGACAAUCACCAUUCCCAUUUCAUUUUGGUGGAAGAGAGUGAGCCAGAUGGGACAACAAAACUGCAACUCGCCUUGGAGAAAUAUAUUUCAGAGCAGCAUACUAGCUACGGAGGAACAGGUAGCAUUGAAAUCCCAGUUCUCUGUUUACUUGUGAAUGGAAGACCUCACAUUCUUGAGCGAAUUUUCAAGGGGUUGAAAAAUUCUAUCCCUUGUCUUAUUUUGGCUGGAUCUGGUGGUAUAGCCGAUAUCUUAGCUGCACUGAUGAGUGAGCCACACUUAAUUGUGCCACAGGUAGUAGAAAAGCAAUUAAAACAGAAGUUCCCCACAGAACAUUUCACUUGGAAUGACAUUGUUCAUUGGACUGAAAUGAUCCAGAGUAUAAUCACCCAGGAGCAGCUUCUAACUAUACAUGACUUUGAACAAGAAGGUUCAGAAGAAUUGGAUACAGUUAUUUUGAAAGCCCUGGUUAAAGCUUGUAAAAGUCAUAGUCAGGAAGCCCAAGAAUAUCUGGAUGAACUCAAGCUGGCUGUGGCCUGGAAUAGAGUGGACAUCGCUAAAAGUGAAAUAUUCAAUGGAGAUGUGGAGUGGACGUCAUGUGAUUUAGAGGAAGUGUUGAUGGAUGCCCUGGUGAAUGAUAAGCCAGAGUUCGUGAAAUUGUUCAUUGAUAAUGGGGCCAACAUAUAUGACUUCCUAACAUACGGCCGUCUUCAGAGCCUGUACUGUAACAUUUCCCCAAAGUCUCUCCUCUAUAUGCUUCUACUUAAAAAACAUGAAGAAAACAGACUUACUUUGGCUGGAAUGAGUGGACAACAUCACAAGGAAGUGGUGGAUGUGUGUCCUCUCUUCACUCUUCAUGAAGUUUCCAGGGUACUGAAAGAUUUUCUACACGAUGCUUGCAAAGGCUUUUACCAUGACCAAAAACCUGGAGGAAAGAAGAAAGUGGACAAGACAAAUGCCAGAAAGUUCCCAACCAUCUUUGAUAUGCAUCAGAAAAGUGGAAAUCCUUGGAGAGAUUUAUUUUUAUGGGCAGUACUUCAAAACCGGCACGAGAUGGCGCACCUCUUCUGGGCCAUGGGUCCAGAAGGAGUUGCUGCAGCUCUAGCUGCUUGUCAAAUAGUACGAGAGAUGUCCCACCUGGAAACCGAGGCAGAGGUGGUGCGCAGAAUGAAAGAAGCAAAAUAUGAACAGCUUGCAGUGGAAUUGUUCAGCGAAUGCUACCAUGAUAGUGAAGAGCGGGCUUUUGCUUUGCUGGUGAGGAAGAAUCGAUAUUGGAGCAAAACGACUUGUCUCCACUUGGCCACAAAAGCAGAUGCCAAGUCCUUUUUUGCACAUGACGGGGUCCAAGCAUUUCUGACAAACAUUUGGUGGGGAGACAUGUCAACAUCUACCCCAAUUUUGAAUCUGAUCUGUGGAUUUGGGUGCCCUUUCCUGAUUUACACUAACUUGAUUUCAUUCAGUGAGGAGUCAGUGUCAGAGGAGGACUCAGAAUCAUUCAAAGAUCUUGACAGGCUUGAUACAGAAAGGACUUUGCUGUCUUACACAAAAACGGAGGCUGAUGCCAGACUAGAAGCAGAACCUGCCUCUGGAAAUAUUGCCUAUGCAACAUUUAUGUUUACACGCUGGAAGAAAUUCUGGACCGCUCCUGUUACAGUCUUUAUGGGGAAUGUUGUUAUGUAUUUUGCUUUUCUCUUUCUAUUUGCCUACGUCCUCUUAGUGGAUUUUAAACCUCCACCUAAAGGUCCCUCUAUCGAGGAGAACAUACUCUACUUCUGGGUCUUUACACUAGUCUUGGAAGAAAUCAGACAGAGUUUCUUUACUGAUGAAGAUAUGAAUCUAAUAAAAAAAUUCAAGCUCUAUGUAGAAGAUAAUUGGAAUAAGUGUGAUAUGUUGGCUAUUUCUUUGUUUAUCAUUGGAAUCACUUGCAGAAUGUUUAAGUCAACUUUUCACGAUGGUCGAACAGUACUCGCAAUUGAUUUUAUGGUGUUCACUCUGAGACUGAUUCAUAUUUUUGCCAUUCAUAAACAACUGGGCCCAAAGAUUAUCAUAGUGGAAAGAAUGAUGAAGGAUGUUUUUUUCUUUCUCUUUUUCCUGAGUGUGUGGCUUAUUGCGUAUGGUGUAGCCACACAAGCUUUGCUUCAUCCCAAUGACAGUCGUGCUGAGUGGAUUUUCAGGAGGGUCCUUUAUCGUCCUUACCUUCAAAUAUUUGGACAAAUUCCAUUGGAUAAAAUAGAUUUAUCUCGCAUGGAUUUUGAAAACUGCACAUUGGGUCAACAGAGGAACCAGACGGCGAGUGACUUCUCGUGUCCCAGUGCCUACGCUAAUUGGGUGGUUAUAAUACUCUUAGUCAUUUUCCUACUGGUUACAAAUGUGCUGCUUAUGAAUCUCUUAAUUGCCAUGUUCAGUUACACUUUUCAGGUUGUUCAAGGAAAUGCAGACAUCUUCUGGAAAUUUCAGCGAUACAACUUGAUUGUUGAAUACCAUGGUCGUCCUGCAUUUGCUCCUCCUUUUAUCAUUAUUGACCACGUUAAACUAUUUCUUAGAUGGGCCCUUAAGAAGACCGAACACAAAAAAGAACACCUGGAAAGAGACAUUCCAGAAGAACUGGAUCAAAAAUUAAUAACCUGGGAGAUGCUCCAGAAAGAAAAUUACCUGGCAAAUUUGGAAACAAAGAAAAAAGAAAGCAACGAGGAAAAACUGAAGAAGAUGUCAGACAAGGUGGACAGCCUUUUAAAGAAUUUUAGUGGUCUAAAAGAGCAAGAGAAACAGCUUAAAUCUUUGGAAUCACAAAUUAGCUAUUGCACAAUUAUGCUUUCUUCAAUGGCAGAUACUUUAGUGAAAAACAGUUUAUUUUUCAGCGGGCCAACUUCAAACAACACAUGCACCGAUCAAAUGGUUGUACCAGAAAAUGAAGAUGGGGUAGAUACCUGCCAGUUUGACGAUGUGAUAUGUAUCGAUAACUGAUUGUAACAGAUCACUUCUCCGUAUAAUUUUGUCAAUUCAAAUACCUAAUGGAUAUUUUCUUUUAAUGUGAGAACACCACUGUAAUAACUACAUAAUGCCUUCCUUUUACAUUAUAUCCAAUGUGUUUCCAGUAAAUAUUCUAAUGACAUCUCAAAAAUAUUUUUUAUUCUAAUUUUCACUUUUAAAAUAAAUUUUACGCUACCUGACUCUGUAAAUUCAUUUAGACUAGGGGUGUCAAACUCAAUUUCAUUGUGGGCCCCAUCAGGGAUGUGUUUUACCUCAAGGGGCCUGGUGGGCAUGGUCAACUGGGUGGCAUAGCCAGCUUGACGCCACUCACCAUGCGUGGCCAACUGGGUAGGCGUGGCCAGCUUGAAACCAUUCCCCAAACUGCUGGCCAUGUUUUCUCACUGGGUAGACCAAGCCGAAACCACGCUGGUCCAAUGUUUCCUCUUCGCACUGGGUAGACCGGGCCGAAGCAAUGUGGCCUUGCCCCUUAUAUCUUCCAGGACACCCUCGUGAACCAGAUUGGACCACAUUGCAGGCUGAAUCCGGCCCAAGGGCCUUGUUUGACAUGCCUGAUUUAGACCAAACCUUUAAAUAUUUUUUUAUAACCAAGGAACAUUUAUAUAUCUUCUGUUCUUUUCAAUUAUCUUUCUUUGAUAUAGUUGUACAUAGUAUUCAUUGAUCUGCUUCCCUCAUUUUGUGCCUUUCCCCUUGAACUUAUAUAUUACUAGUGUAGUUUCCAAUCUUGCUAUUUUCCACUAAUCAUGAGUACAAUUACAUUUAGUUUCAAUCCAAAUAUUUAAUGUCUUUUUUGUAUAAAAUAAUUAGACUCUGUUAGGCAUUCACAUAUAUAGGUAGUCCAAAUUUAGCAGUUGCCAAGAAAGCAACCGCAGUUAAGACUGAAAAAGGUAACUUUGUGACCAAUGGUCACAUUUAUGAUCUUUUAGGACUUUAAAGCAAAAGAAAGGUGAAGUAAGAUAAUGAGCAUUGCUGCAGUUUCACUUAGUGAUUGCUUUGUUAAUGACUGAGUUACCAUUUCCAAUUGUGAUAGCUAAAUGCGCAUUACCUAUAAGCAGUUAAUAAAACAAUUUUUUCCAACCAAUGUAUUUAUUCAUGAGCAAACAUGCCAAGGUGAGAGUAAUGCUGGGAUAGUGUACAAGAGAACUGUAGCUGAAUGAGAUGGCAUCUUGCUUACUUAAAUGUAAAGGCAGAAAGUGUGACAAGUAGAAAAGGGCUAAUGGGUAAAAAGAGGUACUACAAGAACAGAGAAAAAACUAGUUUUUGACACAAAGGGCUAGCUGCUAACAUGCAGAUACAUAAUUUUCAACCUAAUUAAGCAGUUGUUCCCAAGUUUUAUUGACACCAAAAAUAUCAAAUGGAUAUUCUGCUAGAAAUACUAUUUUAAGCUCCUUUAUUCUUACAUAAACAGUUCAGUAGACAAAAAUCCAUGUACUUUAGAAGAAGCUUCCAAGUAUGGAGGAGAAAAAAUAUUUCAGUUUUCAAGGAAGUUGUGGCAAUUCAACAACCAAUCUAAGUCUAAGUCUAAGUAUGGCUUGGUUGGCUGUAUUUCAAUUUUAGAAAACAUCGCUUCCAAUUUGUUAACACUUUUCCUAUGAUCUUAACAUACGGUAUGUUUUCAUUUUCUGGUCUCUAGCCAAAUAACAUACGAGUUGUCAUAUUUCAUGCUUUUAUUUUCAUUUAUACUGUGGAAUAAUAUUGGUUAAAUCUUUACCCCAGCUACAAUAAACUGAUAAACCUUGUACCUCAUCCACAAGAUAUGUUUUGUCAAUUAUGAAUUGGUUGAGAUAUCAAUACGGUAUACUGUCAAAAGUUUUGAUGUGAAUAGCAGAGACCUCCCUUCAUAAACAGAAACUACACAUAUAUUGUUGGACUAUCUCAAGGCAAAAUGUCUUCUAUUUAUUGCAAAACACAGUGGGGUUUUGUUGGAAAGGGCAAAGUUACAAGUAUUCUUAUUCACAG